UUAUAAGAAUCAAUUGUCCGAUUUUUUUUUUUGUUGCCAAAAUCAGAAAGGUGGUGAUGGUUGGAGACGUCAUCUGACUGUCAGACACACAGGACGCGCGGCUGUCGCGGACACCAAAACAUCUGGUCCCAGAGGUUUGAAGAAUGCGGCGCACCUCUGGCUGGAUUGGCUGGGCGCUGUGUUUGUGCGCAUCUUUGACCGUGAGCGCGCAGGACUACCCCGAGGACGACGAGAUGAUCCUCGAUCUGAUCCGCGAGGACGGGACUCAGCCUGAAACCGGAGCCGAGCCCGCAGCUGAGUUCCUCAGGUGCAACAAGGCAGCGUGGCGCAUGCCCGGUCAGUACCUGGUCAUACUGCGUCAGGGAACGCACGAGUCUCACGUGCAGAGGACCAUCAGGAGACUGAGAGCCAAAGCAGCCAGGAGAGGCUACCUGCUGGAGAUCCUGCAGACGUACUCUGGAGCUCUGCAAGGCUUCCUGGUCAAGAUGAACAGUGACGUCCUUCACUUGGUGGUGAAGCUCCCUCAUGUCCACUACAUAGAGGAGGACUCGUCCAUCUUUGCUCAGAGCGCCCCCUGGAACCUCCAGAGGUUACUGCAGCCUCAUGGUGGCACCUCGGAAAACGGAACAUACAGGCCACCCAAUGAUGGAGGGAAGGCGGAGGUGUAUUUGAUGGAUGGCAGCGUUCAGAGUUCUCACAGAGAGGUUGAAGGACGAGUGCUCAUCACAGACUUCAACAACGUCCCUGAGGAGGAUGGAGUCAGAGUUCACAGACAGGCCAGUCAGUGUGACAGUCACGGCACACACACGGCGGGGGUUGUGAGUGGGUUGGACUCUGGUGUUGCUCGAGGCGCUGGUGUUAACCUGGUCCGUGUGCUCAACUGUCAGGGGAAAGGGACCAUGUCUGGAGCUCUGGCGGGUAUGGAGUAUAUCCGAGCAACUUUACUGGCCCGUCCAGCGGACGCUGUGGUUGUACUGCUGCCUUUCGUUGGUGGUUUCAGCCGUUCAUUAAACACGGCCUGUCGGGACAUGGUGGCUAACGGAGCUGUGGUCAUCGCUGCUGCGGGGAACCACAGAGAUGACGCCUGCCUCUACUCGCCUGCUUCAGAGCCUGAGGUCAUCACGGUGGGGGCAGUUAAUUCAGCGGACCAGCUCAUGUCACAGGGAGCGGGUGGCACCAACUUUGGCCGCUGUAUUGAUCUGUUUGCACCCGGUGAUGACAUCGUUAGUGCCAGUAGCGACUGCAGCACCUGUUUUACUUCCCGUAGUGGAACCUCCCAGGCUGCUGCACAUGCUGCUGGUAUAGCAGCAGUGAUCCUGUCGUCCAAUCAGAACGUGUCACCGGUGCAGGUCCUGCAGAUGAUGCUGCAUUAUUCCAUCAGCAACACAAUCAACUUCCUCUCUCUGUCUGACACACAUCGUCUCAUUACUCCAAACCUGGUGGCAGCCAUGCCUCCUGCCAACAGCACAAAUGGGGAGCUUCUGUGUCGGUCAGUGUGGUCAGAGAAGUCAGGGGUCACGAAUACUGACAGAGCUAUCAGCCGCUGUCGUCUGGGGGAGGAGAUGAUGAGCUGCAGCAGCUACACCCCUGACGGUGUCCACGCUGGAGAAACCAUCACUGUGAACAGCAGGCAGAUGGAGUGUGCUGCCUAUAACGGUCCGGGGGGUGAAGGGGUGUAUGCUGUGGCGCGUUGCUGUGUGAUAGGUGGUCUGCAGUGCCAGGUCCAUGCUAGUCCCAAGCCCGGGCAAGAUGCUGAGUGUGUCAGCCCGCAGUACCACCUGACCGGCUGUACGUCUUGGCCCGGCUCCCGUCCACGUAACGGUGAUCGGAAGCGUUGUGUUGUGACAGACGGGGUGACAUCGCAUGCCGUGUGCUGCCAUGCUCCGUCUCUGGAGUGCCACCUGUUGGAAAACAUAUCAGCUGACAAAGAUCAGGUCGAGGUGUCCUGUCCCUCCGGCUGGACUCUGACAGACUGUAGCGCCAUCUCUCAGGGCUCAGCUAUCUUGGGGCCAGUUGCUAGGGGCAACAGUUGCCAAGUGCGCGUUGCCACGGGAGCUGAUGCGGCAGGAGGCAUCGCUGUCUGCUGCCGGGUCAGACCACCAGAGCAGCCCGCCACAACUCCUCGCUGAUCCGGUCUCUCACCCCUUUGAUGCCCGACACCUUGAAAACAGCGUUGAUAUUUCUCUAAUGUUUGUCAGUGACAGUAAGCACUUCUGUAAAGCUGUUUGUGAGUUUUUCAGAUUUUUUGAGAUUAGGUCAAAACAUGCUCCUGCACAUAUUGUAUUGAUGCCUCAGACUUACAUUAAUUGCCUCGUCUAGUACUGUCUUGUUAGCUGUUUUUAAAACAUAUAGGCUAGUUUGUAAAAUGUAACCAAAUAUUUUUGUAUCUUUUACAAAGCAAUUCUAAUAAAAAGAGCUUUCACGA